GGUAGGUCCCAGUGAUAUUGGCGCACAAUCUGACGGUACAUGAGAGAAUAGCUCUCACGUGAACGGCAGAUGCAAUCAGUGACGUUUUCUCUGAAAAAUCAAUGAGGCAGUGAGACACGGAGAACCACAUAAUUUGCAACACUUUGUAAGUGAUGAAGGAACGGCUUUUAAAUGAGACUCCCCCCUCGUGCCUGCACAGUAGUGGGGGACUAGUUCCAUGGUAAAUAUCACUGGGAGGUUUCACAACCUCCUCAUUGGCUCAGAAGUCACAGACCCCAUUAUAUAAAGCGAGAGUGCCUGAUCCAGCAGCCCUCUCCCGCUGGUGAGCGUUGUGGAUCACACUUGGACUUCUAACUGUGGGGAAAAUACCUUUGGCGCACGGAGAGAGCGCUUGGAGAGGCUGCAGGGAAGCGCACGGUCAGCGCGGAGCAAUUUAUUGGAAGGAAAAGAGUUACACAGCCAACAGAGAAGCUGAGCCGAGGCAUCUGAGUGGGCAUGUGGUUGCUGGAGAAGCUCCGCAGCUCCGUGGAGAGCAGUGGGACACAAUCUCAGCCCCCGCAGACAACAGAGGCCAUUGUUUAUGCCAAUGUACUCACUCCGGACAAGAUCCCUGAUUUCUUCAUUCCACCCAAACUUAUCUGCUGCCCACCAGAAGAUACUCUAACCCCAGAACCCCAGCACUGCCCCACCCUGAGACCCUCCUCCUCUGACCAUGCCAUCUGCAGCCAGAGCCCCAGAGCUCGGAGCAGCAAGAACCCCUGCAGCCCUCGCCUCUUUUCACGUAAUCUCCAGAAGCUGGCAAACCGUCACAUCAUUCAAAUAGAGAGUGCUGAUGAGCCAGGUGCUGGAUCUGGUGACAAGGUCAGUGUAAAUGUCAACACCAAUGCUGACCCCCAGUCGCAGACUGCAAUGUCUCUGCCCUAUGUCCCCAAGGCUCAGACUUCGUAUGGUUUUUCCACCCUGGUGGAGUCGCCUCACACCAGACGCAAAGAGAGCCUGUUCCACAGCGACCCCAACAGCCCUCUCACCUCCCCAAACUCCCAGAGGCGCUCCCAGGGGGGAACUCUGCUGGCUCCAGCUGACCCCAACCCUUAUCGCUAUUUCAGCGGUGGAGAGAGUGACACCUGCUCCUCAGCAGAGUCAUCCCCUUUUAACUCCCCCCUCCUGUCCCGAUCUGCCUCCCUUCUUCGCUCUAUCACCCAAGAGACACAAGCAAAGGUGUCUCGUGCCAAACGCUCUCUGGCUCGCCACAGUUCUCUCUCCACUGAUGAAUGCAGCUCAGCAGACAACAGCCCCAAUAUGCAGCGCCGCCGCAUGCGCUGCCCUCCCUCUCCCGCCUUCCGCGGAUGUAAAAGCAGUGGCCUGAAAGGUGCAGCAUCAGACCUCCUGCAGCGCGAGCACACUGUCAACCUCCACAAGGGGGCACUGAGGCUGAGCACCCACUACGACCCAGAGGCAGCCCGGCUGAGGGUCCGCGUGCUCGCAGCUGAGGCCCUUUAUGAUAGGCAGACAGACAUUAAGAGCAUCAACUGUUGCGUCGCACUCUACCUGAACCCUGGUAAGCAGCAGAAACAAAGGAGCACCAUCAUCAAGAACAGCCGUAAUCCAGUAUUCAACGAAGACUUUUUCUUUGACGCACUGCCCCAGGCGCAAGUAAAGAAUCUGGCCAUGAAGAUAAAGGUAGUGAACAAGGGAACCAGCCUGAAGAGGGAUGUGCUGCUCGGAGAAAGGGAGGUGCUGCUCAGUGAGCUGCUCGCGGGCCUCUAGGGAGCCCCUGUCAAGACUUUGGUGAAAGCAAGCAUCUCCACAUCUUGAGGCCUCUUUCUCCUCUGGCUACCUUUUCAUCUCACUUCAAAGAUCUGAUGUAGACUGGACAGGAGGAAGCAUACUGAUGACAAGCAAAAUGUAUCGCACACACUGUCUUAUGCACGUCAGUGGACAGACAAACAAAACAAAAAGCAUCUGCGAGUUGCCAUCACUAGUUUGUUAGUUCAGCUUAAACAAAUGGAACCCACAAUUAUUUAUGCGCUUACCAGUAAAUGCACAGUGUGAACAGUGGAGUUGUGGGCCUUGUUUGUGCAUUUCUCUGUUCAGUGUUAAAGUACAAACGGUGUAACCCUCUCUGAUGAGCGUUGUGAUGUGGCUCGGUAUUAUACUGUAUCAGCAGUUUUUUCAAUGGCAAGCUGUAUUUUUGUAAUGUUACAUGUGAGUUUACGCACGUUACCGUGGAAAUUAAUAAUGCCUCCGUAUACUUGAAAGAAUUUAAAUUUGAGAUUUGGAUUUUAAGUGCAAGUGGAUGUAAUGUUAUUAUGACUGCUGUUACGUGAUAUGCUUUUGAACUUAUAAAUAAAAACACUAAGCUCGU